AUGAGCCGUGCACUAUCGCCUCGUGCUGCUCAGCGCUUCCGUCUUGUUACCUCGCUACUCGUCCUCGGCGUGGGCAACUACGAGCUAUGGCGCAUACACAAGGGCAUCCACCCGUACUGGACGCCACGCCUGGAAGAGGCCGGCAUAGUGCGACAGCGCAACCGGCUGGCAGAGGACGGCAACACCAAGCAGGAGGCAGCCACUGCAGAGAAGCCUGCGCCCAAGGCCUGGAUCAAGUGGACAGACCUCAACGGCGUGCCCAUACCUACCCUCGAGACCAGCAUACAGCCAACGCGGAAGAACUGA